AUGGCCAUGAAUGUCACCCCACAACAAAUCCUCGAUAUCAAAGACGCUCUAGUUUCCAAUGAGAACCCGCCCCGUGACGAUGACACACUCGACUAUGAGCGCUGUGCCAGACUACACAAUUAUUUAGUCGCAUAUGGCUGGAUGGCUCGCCACGGGAAAGACAUGCCCGACCUCGAUGCACUAGCUCGCGAAAAGUGGUUCUUUCGUGAAGCAGAGGAAGACAUACAGGCCAUUCGUGAGCGCCUGAUCCCAUCGCUCAAUUCGUUUCUGGAUUUGAUCUACGACCCUAAGCCGGAAUUCUUCUACUGGGUCGAAGGUCUUGUUAUGCGACUCUGCGAUGAUUCUUUUUGUGUCGAAGAGAAUGAGCUUGAGGAUAAAGAGCGCUUUGUCGUGAUCUAUGGUACUGCUAUGGGUCUAGGCCCACAUUGUCUCGGUGUUAUCUAUGAUCAACAGCUCCAUCGGGCCUCGUUCCCAAUGACUACAAUGAACACGGAAAGCUUAGAACCUAUUAGUGAGCAUGAGGAAAUGUGGUUCCCACUAGAGACUAUUCUCUCCCACUGGAUCUAUAUGAUUCGCCUAGGCAGGGUUGUUGCUGGGCUACCUGAUGACUACCCGCCCUCUGUAUCUAGAUCGCAAAUGGGGCUAUGGUCAUGGCUUCCCUACUGCGAUAGCCAGAUUGAUAGUACUCAAGCUGCUAUAGAACGCUAUUCCGCUAUGGUUGAAUCUCGAAUGCCUCCUGGUUCCCAUUUGCCACUUAGCUCUUUACCGCUAUUUACCGAUUCGGACCUUGAUGAAGCUGGUGUGCCGCACAAUUGCUUUAUCCGCUCACUAUUGACACGAGUCAAGACCCCGCGUUUUCAAUUCAUCGCGCCCGGUCUAGAGGUCCCCCAUGAUAAGGAGGCAUUUAUAAUGCGCCAGAAGUUUACCAAUAUACCCUAUCCAGAGGGAUCUAUCCCAGCGGUCCUCUUAUUUGCAUCCUCCCAGACAGUGAACCUUAACUCUGAAAUUCGUCGGAUGUUCGUUCACGCCCAUGAGAAUGAGGGCAUACCUAUGAGCGAUGGCAGUCCUAUCCCUGCAGGGCUAUACAGUGAGCCUGUGCGCCGAGAUCACCAUGAUACAGAGGAGGCCGGUUUCCGCCUCCUCCUUCCAUUUGCACUACGACUUCAUUUCCAUAGAAGUAGUGACGUAGGAGCAAGAAUGAGUGAUGGGAGUCAUAUAACCCCGGGCUCAUACACACAACUUUUCCAACAUGGCAAUUUCCAUCCAUUUGGAGGUGAAUGGCGGUCACAGAGACUGGAGAGGCUGUUCCUGCGAUGGACAGAACUGAUUGAAAAUGGUGUAUGGACAGUGGGUAAGGAUGGCGUGGAGGGAGAAAUUGAAAGAUUUGGAGAAGCGGAUAAUGACAGUCCAGGUGCCUGGAGAGAUUAUUGGAUUGCACCGGACUGGUGA